AUGGAGGCAGUAUAUGAUGUUGGGGGUGGGAGAGAAUGGGCACCAGUGCGGCUAGUAGGAGGUAGAGGAAGAUGUUUGGGACGAGUUGAAAUUUAUUACCAAGGAGAAUGGGGGACUGUGUGUGAUGAUCUCUGGGACAUGAAUCAAGCAAAUGUUGUGUGCAGGCAACUAGGAUGUGGCUGGGCUGUUUCAGCCCCAAGUGAGGCCCAUUUUGGGCAAGGAUCUGGGAGAAUUCUUCUGGACAAUGUGCACUGUAAGGGAGAUGAAAAUUAUCUCCACGAGUGUUCCCAUACAGGCUGGCUUUCCCACAACUGUGGCCAUGGAGAAGAUGCCAGUGUCGUCUGUUCAGAUGCUGAAAAUUCAUCUGUUGUCAUAGCAGAUCUUCCAGUUAAUGUUCCUGUGAGGAUAAAUGGAAAAUCUUCCUGUGGUGGCAUCAUUUCAAACACAUCUGGGUCAAUUAGAAACCCUCCCCAGAAUGAAAUGCAUGAUAACAUAACAUGCAUUUGGGAAAUAAAGGCCAAUUCAUCUGAUCACAUACUGCUGGCAUUUCCUUAUCUUAACCUGGACUGCACCAAUGAAUAUUUUGAAAUCCUGGAUGGAGAUCGAUUUUCUUCUGAUUCCCUGGGGAAGAUCUGUAAUGGAACCUACCUCAAAUUCUCUUCUUCUUCUAGCUCAAUGACACUUGUGUACUACCGCAGUUACAACAAUAUAGGAAAGAACUUUGUUGCUUAUUAUUAUUCUGCAGCCAAAGGAGACUGGCCAGAACUGAAGCUGGUUGGUGGUCCUGGAAGGUGUUCAGGAAGAGUCGAAGUCCUCUACCAAGGGAACUGGGGCACUGUCUGUGAUGACUUGUGGGAUCUUAAUGAAGCAGAGGUGGUAUGCAAGCAGCUCAAAUGUGGGCAGGCUGUUUCUGCCCCAGGAAAGGCUUAUUUUGGCCCAGGCUCAGGUGAAAUUCUUCUGGACAACAUGCAGUGUGCAGGAGUUGAACGUUACCUUGGGCAAUGUUCCCACUCUGGUUGGUCUGAACACAAUUGCGGUCACCAUGAAGAUGCCAGUGUCAUCUGCUCAGAUGCUGGAGUUUCAAAUGACACCAAUCCAGAAGACUGGCCAGAACUGCGAUUGGCGGGUGGUUCAGGGCGAUGUGCAGGACGAGUAGAAGUCCAUUAUCAAGAGGUCUGGGGCACAGUGUGUGAUGACCUGUGGGAUCUAAAUGAGGCCGAAGUGGUAUGUAGGCAGCUGGGGUGUGGACAGGCUGUAUCAGCCCCUGGAGAAGCACACUUCGGCCCAGGCUCAGGAAAUAUCCUCUUGGACAAUAUGCAGUGCGCUGGGACUGAAGGCUACCUAGGCCAAUGCUCUCACUCUGGAUGGUCCAACCACAACUGUGGUCAUCAUGAAGAUGCUGGCGUCAUCUGUUCAGCAGAUGCAACAAACUUCACUACUGCACCUCCAGGUUCUCCAGAAGUUUCCAGAAAUCACACAGAAGGAAGAAUUCUUUCUUGUGGUGGUGUCAUUUCAAGUCUUUCUGGAUCAUUUUCUAGUCCAUGGUAUCCUGGAAAUUACCCUACAGACAUACAAUGUGUCUGGGAGAUACACGUAGAUAAGAAAUUCUAUAUUGAGCUCAUGAUUCCAAACUUGAAGUUGGAAGACAUCUAUGGCUGUCCUUAUGAUUUCAUUGAAAUAUUUGAUGGGCCACAAGUGGCCUCUCUGUCCCUGGGGAGAUUCUGUUCAUCUGUGGGACUCACAUUUUUCUCUUCUUCAAACAUCAUGACAGUUGUGUUCAGAAGUGAUUCUAUGAUCACCAGCACAGGCUUUUAUGCUAUGUACAAUGCUGUUAGGCAAAAUGAACAGGAAACAGAUAAAGGACCAGAAUUGCGCCUUGUUGGUUCUGGGAGAUGUGCAGGAAGAGUUGAGGUUCAUUACCAGGGAAUCUGGGGCACAGUGUGCGAUGACUUAUGGGAUAUGAAUGAUGGACAAGUGGUGUGCAGGCAACUCAAGUGUGGAGAAGCCAUUUCAGCCCCUGGGGAAGCUCACUUUGGACCAGGUUCAGGAAGCAUUCUCCUGGAUAACGUACAAUGUGCAGGAAAUGAGAACUAUCUCGGACAGUGUGCCCACUCUGGCUGGUCUCAGCACAACUGUGGUCAUCAUGAAGAUGCUGGAGUCAUAUGUUCAGAUGCUGAAACUUCGCUUCCAGGUGUGAUUCCUAUACCUCCAGGAGGAAGUAACUCUUGUGGUGGAGUCAUCUCAAAGCAUUCUGGUUCAUUUUCUAGCCCUUGGUAUCCUAAAAGCUAUCCCACAGAUAUAGAAUGCGUGUGGGUGAUACAUGUGAAGGAGAAAUUCCGCAUAGAACUUCAGGUCCCCAGCCUGAAACUAGAAGAUAUCUAUGGAUGCCCCUAUGACUUUCUUGAAGUCUUUGAUGGACAUCAAGCUGCCUACCUGUCCAUGGGGAGAUUCUGUGCUGGGGCAGAGCUCACAUUUUUCUCUUCUUCUAACAAAAUGACAGUUGUGUUCAGAAGUGACUCUGUGAUCACCAGCACUGGCUUCUCUGCAAUGUACAAUGCUAUCCAGCAAGGUGAACAAGAAGCUGAUAUGUCUCUGAGAUUGGUGAAUGGAAGUCACAGGUGUGAAGGUCGUGUGGAGGUGUACUACAAUGGCACCUGGGGAACAGUGUGUGAUGACAGUUGGGACCUGACAGAUGCCCAGGUCGUAUGCCAGCAGAUGGGCUGUGGACAAGCUCUGUCUGCGCCAGGACGUAACCACUUUGUGGGAGGUUCAGGACCCAUUAUUCUGGAUGACGUGCAGUGCAUUGGAAAUGAAGCCAAAGUGUGGCAGUGUAUGCACAAUGGUUGGUUCUCCCAUAACUGUGGGCACCAGGAAGAUGCCAGUGUUGUCUGCUCAGCUUCUGAUGGCCACACCAAGACAGGACCAACAGACUCGAAUGAUGAGCCUCCACCAAUAGAUGAAGAUUUCCAUUGUGGUGGUUUGCUCACAAAUUCUUCGGGCUCUUUUUCCAGUCCUUGGUACCCUAAAAAAUACCCUACAAACAUAGUCUGUGCCUGGGAAAUACAAGUGGACAGCAAGGCUCAUGUCAAACUCACAUUCGAAGUAGUGAGGAUGGAAAACUUCUAUGGCUGUCCUUAUGACUUUGUGGAAAUAUUUGAUGGUCCCCAGAGUGCAUCAUUUUCCCUGGGGAGGUUCUGUUCUAGUGCCAUCCCAGUAUUUACAUCUUCCUCCAACAGUAUGACUGUUGUGUUCCACAGUGACGCCAUCAUCACCAAUAUUGGCUUCUAUGCCUCCUACUAUUCCCUUGUGCCAGAUGAAAAUGAUAGUGAAAUUUCUCUAAGAUUGAUGAAUGGGAGUCACCGAUGUGAAGGACGAGUUGAAGUAUACUACAACGACACCUGGGGCACAGUGUGUGAUGACAGCUGGGACCUCCGGGAUGCACAGGUGGUGUGCAGCCAGCUGGACUGUGGAAGAGCUAUGGCAGCCCCAGGAAGGGCGCAUUUUGGCCGAGGCUCAGGAUCUAUUGCUUUGGAUGAUGUCGAAUGUGCUGGAAAUGAAGCAAAACUGUGGCAUUGCCUUAACAGCGGCUGGUUCUCCCAUAAUUGUGGUCAUCAUGAGGAUGCCGGAGUUAGCUGUUCAGUUACAACGGACUCUUCGACAUUAACGGUGACUGUAGAUCAUGACUCAACAUCAGGUCCAGAUAUCAGGUUAGCAGAUGGCCAGAACAGAUGUGAAGGGUGUGUAGAAGUCUAUCAUGAUGGCACCUGGGGGACCUUAUGUGAUGACAGCUGGUCCAUCAAAGAUGCCUAUGUUGUCUGCAAACAGCUUGAUUGGGGAUUAGCAGAGGCCUCACUUCCAGAAGCCAGGUUUGAUCCCAGCAUGGGAUGGGAUGAUGUCAACUGUACAGGAGAGGAGUCCUCCUUGGGACAGUGUCUUCACAGUAACUGGUUCGCUCACAACUGUGGGCACCAUGAAGAUGCCAGUCAUCAACCACAGAAGGGACCACCUCACCUGAUUCAGAGGGUAAAUUCUACUUAUGAUCUAGAAUCUGAUGAACAGGCCCUUUUUGAUAUAUUUCAUGACCUUAAAAAGUUUGAUAGAAAGAACAGAGAAGUGGGAGUUAGGCAACCAAUUUCCCUGACUGGCUGUGUGACCUUGUCAUCAGAAGCAUUAACAACAGAAGAGACCACCUCGUCUGGUUCAACCACAGAAGAAGCAACUUCACCAGGUUUCACUUCAGCAACAGAAAUGAGUCCCAUGCCUGUUACAAUUUCAACCUCAUCAGAAGUGACCCCUUCAACUGUUUCAAGUUCAACAGAAAUGACCCUUUUACCUGAACCUUUGGAAGUAACUCCUAUGAAAGAUCCAACUGAAGCAGAAGCAGUCCCUACACCUGAUUUGCCACUCAGACUAGUGAAUGGACGUAACCGGUGUGAGGGUCGGAUUGAAGUCCGUUACAAAGGCAUAUGGGGCACCGUGUGUGACGAUUAUUGGAACAUAAAGAAUGCACGAGUCGUUUGCAAACUGCUUGGCUGUGGCAAGGCUGUAGGGGCCCCUGGACGUGGUCACUUUGGGGCAGGAAUGGGAAAUAUAUUGCUAGAUGAUGUGCGCUGUAUGGGAAAUGAGGCUUCUUUGGAGCAAUGUCAUCACGCAGGUUGGGCCAUCCACAACUGCAAACACCAGGAAGAUGCAGGGGUCAUCUGUGCAGGCUACCCCAGUGAAACUGAAGGAACAAAUCUAAAUGCUUUACCCAGCUCAGUUGUACCCAAGAAACACGCCCAGCUUUCUUGCUUCCCAGAUCGAUUCCAAGCUGUCAUCGACCGAGGCUACCUUCAUCAACUAGGCUACUCUUCCUGGAAUGUGCACUUGAAUGACAGGUUGUGCAGACCACAGGUUUCAGGACGUUUUCUUAUAUUUGACAUACCUUUUGGCAGGUGUGGGACAAUCAGACAGGACAAGUUUGGUUCUGUCAGUUACUCCAACUCUAUCAGGACAAGAAACCGGGUCCGGGUCCACCCAGGCCACAUCAUUGUAAAGCACAGGGUGCCUCAGCUGAAAUUCACAUGUAACACUAACCAGGCUCCAAUGGUUGAAAUCAUUCAUGUGGCUAACAGCCCCAAGGAGAAUAAUCAGGUCGCCAAUUAUGAUGUAUCCAUAACAUUUUUCGAGGUUCCAGAGACCAUGACACCAGACCAUGCUGGCCAAAGGAAGGAGGUCUUCUUUCAAGCCACACUCCACAGCCCAGACCCAAACUUAAUGCUAUUUGUAGACACAUGUGUGGCCUCUCCUGAUGCCAAAGAUUUUUCAACUGUGAAGUAUGUCUUAAUCCAACAAGGAUGCAUUAAGGACAAUUCCUAUGCAAACCUCAACUCACCUCACAAGAACGUGGCACAGUUCAAAUUCAACGCCUUCAAUUUUCUCAACAACUAUGAUGUGGUUUACCUGCAGUGUAAGGUUGUGGUGUGCAAAGCAGAUGACCACUCCUCCCGAUGCUAUAAGGGCUGCAUGAGUCAAAGGAACAAGCGAGAUACAAGUGACCAGGAAAAAAUAGAAGCAGCAAAGGAAGGAUCUGAAUUUAUAGGACCUUUGGAGAUACAGAAAGGAGUCAAUCAGACAAGGAGUCUACAAGUGGAAUUUAGCAAUUCCUGCAGUUAUGAUUACAUUGAAGUUUUUGAUGGCUCACUGGAGGCACCUUCAUUUGGAAGAUUCUGCAAAGGUCCCAUCCAUGCACUAACAUCACAAUCCAACCAAAUGACAGUAGUAUUUAAAACUGAUGGCAGUGUCACAGAUCGAGGGUUCUCUGCUUCCUAUAUUUCUAUCUACAAAGAGGGUUCCUUGAGAUUGAUGAGCAAUAACAACAGAUGUGAAGGUCGAGUAGAGAUCUACCAUGACAGAAAAUGAGGGAUCAUCUGUGAUGAUGAUUGGGACCUAAACAAUGCUUAGGUAGUUUGCAGCAACUGUGGGAGAGCUAUUUCUGCCCUGGGAAAUGCCUAUUUUGGAGAAGGUUCAGGACCUAUUGCAAUAGAUGGUGUACAAUGUACAGGGAAUGAAUACCAUCUGUGGGAGUGUUCCCACGGAGACUGGUUCUCCCACAAUUGCAACCACUAUGAAGAUGCUGGUGUCAUCUGCUCAGACAGUAAAACGAGUUGUGGGGGUCUCCUUGUCGAUUCUCAUGGAUCAUUUACCAGUCCAAACUAUACCGGACGAUAUCCCAAUCUCCUAAACUGCAUCUGGGAGAUAGAAGUAGGCAAUGAUUUCCAAAUCAGCCUGGUCAUUGAUGAUCUGCAAUUGGAAUUUGAGGAUUUAUGUACUUAUGACUACAUUGAGAUUUUUGAUGGUUCAUUGGAUGCUUCUUCAUUUGGAAGAUUCUGUGAAGGUCCCAUUAGGAUACUGAUAUCAAGCUCCAACCGAAUGACAGUUUUAUUUAAAACUGAUGUCAGUGUCACAGAUCGAGGGUUUUCUGCUUCCUAUAGCAGUAGCCAGAAAGACAGAAAGCCAUACUACCACUCCAUUCCCUACCACUACCGAACCCUUCACUCUACCAGUAUUCGAUACAAUUCCUCCAACAUAUGGCUAGAAGGUUGCUAUUUCGAUUAUAUUGACAUCCUAGAUGGAUCACCAAGUGGUUCUCUGCUGCAGAGAAUUUGUGCUGGCUCCUCAAUCACAAUUGUACCACUUACAAACAAGAUGACAGUUAUAUUUACAAGUGAUUACAACAUUCAAAAAAGAGGAUUUCAGGCUCGGUAUCAAACUUUUCCCAGAGAUGGCAACGUGAGACUGGUAGCUUCUUCUAACAGAUGUGAAGGUCAGGUGGAGGUUUAUUAUUAUGGACAGUGGGGGACAGUUUGUGAUGACGAGUAGGAUCUCCAGGAUGCACAAGUGGUGUGUAGACAACUUGGCUGUGGGACAGCUAUUUCUGCCCCAGGAAAUGCCCAUUUUGGCCAAGGAACUGGAUCCACUGCUCUAGAUGAUGUCCAGUGUACAGGAAAUGAAUAUCAGCUCAGUGACUGUCCUCAUAGGUGCUGGUUCUCCCACAAUUGUGGUCACUAUGAAGACGCCAGUGUCAUCUGCUCCAACGUGAGAGCCUCCCAGGUGGCUCGGCCACUUACAAGAAUGGAGACAGUAGGAAGGCUCAUUUUUUUAGCCCUUUUAAUUUCAUCAUGUCUGGCAGAAAAAAAUUUGACAGAGCCUCAAGGGAGAUCGAGCUGCGGGGGCCUCCUAGAAGACGUCCAAAAGGCGAUGAUCUUGAACCUCAAUGCCAAUCAAAACUGCACCUGGACAAUAGAAAGACCAGUGAACCAAACUGUCAGACUCAUCAUUUCCUACUUUCAACUUGACCCAGAUGCAAGCUGUGAAGUUGAAAACAUUAAAGUUUAUGAUGGUGCCACUACUGAUACUCCUCUCCUUGGGAAAGUCUGCAGCAAAGUUGACUAUGUCCCAAUAUUUGAAUCAUCAUCUAGCAGCCUGACAUUUCAGAUAUCCACCAGCUCUUCAGUAAUCCAAAGAAGCGCCUUUGUUUUCUAUUACUACUCAGAAAUAAGUAAUGAUAACUGUGGAGGCUACCUUGAUGAUUUUGGAGGCUCCUUUACCAGCCCUAAUUACCCAAACUCACACCCAGAGUUUGCUUAUUGCGUGUGGCACAUACGAGUGGAUGAGGGCUACAUAAUAGAUCUGACCUUCAAAGAGAUUUUCUUAGAAAUAGAUGACAAUUGCAGAUUUGACUUUGUUGCUGUCUAUGACGGUCCCUCUACAAAUUCCGGCUUACUUGCACAAGUGUGUGGUCGGAUCACACCCACCUUUCAAUCUUCUUCAAAUACCCUGACAGUUGUGCUCUCUACGGAUUAUGCCAAUUCCUACCGAGGCUUCUCUGCUACUUAUUCUCCAAUUUAUGAAAAAGAGGUCAACGCAUCUUUGAGCUGUUCUUCUGACCAAAUGACAGCUAUCAUAGGCAAAUCUUAUCUGGAGUCGCUUCACUAUAAUGAGAAUGACUUUCAACUGAAUGAUCCACUGUGCACACCAAGAAUAUCAAAUGUUUUGGAAUUUUCUUUCCCUCUGAAUGAAUGUGGUACAAUUAAACAGGUCGAAGAUCACGCCAUUACUUACACGAACAUCCUCACCGUUACUAACUCCUCCAGUUCUGUGGUGAUCACUCGUAAGAAACAUCUCCAGAUUAUUCUGAAAUGUGAGAUGGAAAACAACUCCACUGUAGAAAUAAUGUACAUAACAGAAGAUGAUAUAAUUAAAAAUAUAAGUGCCUUGGGGAAAUACAAUAUAAGCAUGGCUUUUUAUGAGUCAGAAUCCUUCAACAAUCCUAUACUCAGUUCACCAUACUACGUGGAUUUGAACCAAACACUCUUUGUUCAAGUCAGUCUUCAUGUGCUAGAUCCAAACCUAGUGGUGUUCCUUGAUACUUGUACAGCAUCUCCCACAUCUGACUUGGCCCCACCAACGUAUGACCUAAUCAGGAGUGGAUGUAGUAAAGAUGAUACUUGUAAGAUCUAUCCCCUAUCUGGACACUAUGGAAGAUUUCAAUUCAGUGCUUUUAAGUUCUUGAGAAGACUUGGAUCUGUUUAUCUCCAAUGUAAAGUUUUGAUUUGUGAAAGUAAUGAUGCACAAUCUCGAUGUAAUCAAGGUUGUGUCUCUAGAAGAAAAAGGGCUAUUUCUUCAUAUAAAUGGAAGACAGAAUCAGUCAUAGGUCCUAUUCGUCUGAAGACAGAUCACAUUACAAGUAGCAAUCCAGAAUUUCAGAAUCAAGUCCACGCAGAAGAAAAUCAACAGGCACAGCCAUUCAGCAGUUUAAAUAUCCUUUCCUUUAUGGUUUUGGCUCUGAAUGUGGCGAUUGUGGCAGCAAUGUUAGUGAGACAGUACAGAAAUCGUGGAACAGAAUGCCAAUACCAGAAGCUACAGAGUUACUGA